UUUCAGAUCAUUCAAUUGCCACACUUCAAAACCCACACACCCACCAUAUCCACAGAGAUUCCAGGAUGAAAUUGUUCAUAGUACUCAGCGCUCUGUUUGCCUGCAGCUCGGCGGGACUUAUACGCAGCAGCGGUUGGAUCGGCGGCAAUAGCGGCUGGAGCUCGAAUCCCUGGGGCAGCAGCAGCAGCAGCGGCUGGAGCUCGAAUCCUUGGGGCAGCAGCGGCAGCAGCGGCUGGAGCUCAAAUCCUUGGGGCAGCAGCGGCAGCAUCAGCAGCGGCUGGAACAGCGGCUGGUCCUCCCAGCCCAAGAUAAUUAAGGUAAUCAAAAUUGGCGGCGGCGGCGGCGGCGGCUGGAACAAUGGAGGUGGCUGGAGCAACGGUGGCGGAUGGUCUGGCCAGAGCCUCGGCGGCAGCGGCUGGUCCAGUGGCAACAAUGGUUGGUCCAGUGGCAACAAUGGCUGGGGCAGCAGCAGCUGGUAGUAAGGAACGCUGGCAACUCUGGGACCUCUCGUUUUCGAUUUGAUUUUAUUGAUUUUUGAUAUUAUAUUACGUAUAUAUAUAAGACAGUUUUUUUUCUCUCCCAUUUUUAUAAACAAGUCAUUUUUUUUUUUUUUAAACAAAUACAAAUUGCAAAUUGUAAAUUAAGCAAAAAAUUGCAUGAUUUCUGUUCGAAUGCAUCGCCGGAUCGUUGAAAGAUGAUUGACGAGCAUUCUCUAGCCACGUUUCAGUGUGCCAUAUUUCAUUUCAUAGUCGAGAGCAAUUAAAAACU